UGGAGGGCGGGGGGUACGAACGGGAGCCUCGGCGGUGGCGGGGGGAUGCUCAGGGGAGCGCUCAGCAGGUUCCUGGUGAAAUGAGCAGCCAGGCACGAGCCCCGGGUGUUGGCUGGCAGCUGGGCAAGGUGCACAGGGCUCCUGGGAGCCUGCAGGGAUGGGAAUCCAAGCGGGGCUGAGCUGAGCCAGCCGUGGCCUUCUCCAGCUCUUCCAGGGGAUUUUCCGGCCACGUUUCCCCUUUAUUAUGAGCCGUUCCUCGAGGGUGUCCCUCUAGAGCUGUGUUUUUCCUGGAAUGGAGGUGCCCAUCGUGCUUCUCCUGAGCAGGCUCGUGGCAGAAGUUGCUGGAAAAUCCACGGAAAACUCGGCGCCAGAGGCGGAAUGCUGCGCGGGGACGGCGCGCCCCAACGGCUCCUGCCCAGGUGGCGGGAGCAGAGGGAUGGACUCGCACGGGAACGAGAGCGCCGCGCUGAUCCAGAACCCCGGGGGCCCCGAGGUCGCCGCCUCGCUGAUCCUGGGCUCGUUCCUGCUCAGCCUGUUCCUGAUCCUCUCCGUGGCCGCUUUCUUCUACCUCAAACGAGGCCACAGGCUGCCCCAGGUUUUCUACCGCAGGAACAAGGCGUCUGUUCUCCAGCCCAGUGAAACAGCAUCCAUGAUCCCUCCUCCGGCUUCUUCAGUGCGGAAGCCGCGCUACGUCCGCCGCGAGCGCUCGCUGGGCGCGCCCGGCGCCGCCGACAGCCGGGUCAGCAACGUCUGAGCCCCGGGAGCCGCUGAUCCCACGGGAAUCCCGACCCCGGAGCCGCUGAUCCCACGGGAAUCCCGACCCGGGAGCCGCUGAUCCCGCGGGAAUCCUGACCCCGGAGCCGCUGAUCCCACGGGAAUCCCGACCCCGGAGACCCGGGAACCCCGGGAGCCGCUGAUCCCACGGGAAUCCUGACCCCGGAGCCGCUGAUCCCACGGGAAUCCCGACCCCGGGAGCCGCUGAUCCCACGGGAUCCUGACCCCGGAGCCGCUGAUCCCACGGGAUCCUGACCCCGGAGCC